UAUCAUGCUUUUCUCUUGUGGUCAGUGGCGAUGCCAAAAAUCCGAACGAGAGAGGCUAACUGUCAUAAUUGGGGGAGGGGGCAAAAGGCUUACCGACAAUUCUAAUUUCUAAAUUUGUGCCAAUUUUAUAUGUAAUAUUACAUUAUUAUAUAUAUUUCAAAACUGAGGAGGGCUACAACCCCUCCUAACUUCAAAUUAGCUCCACCACUAUUCGUGGUCUCUCUAACCUAAUGCAUUUUUCAACUUAAAUUUAGACAUAUAUUUAACUUCUCUAACCUAACGCAUUCUUUGACUUAAAUUUAGACGUUGUUGACACCUAAAAUUAAUUUGGCCGAAAUUAAAUGCCGCAUUAAUUAGUCUCGGCAUUUAAUUCGAUACCGCGGGUUAAAAACGAUGUUGUUUGGGGUUAAGCGGCGUCGCGGAGAGUUAAAACGGUACCGCAAAGAAGCUCGGCGGUACCGCGGCAUGGGAAACGACACCGUUUAAUAUAAAAAAAGGGGGCUGCGCGUGUUAGUUGGGUUGGAGAAGGGAGUCUUAUAAUUAAUUAUUUCCUUCAUUCCUUGUAGGAAGGGGAAAAUCGGUACCGCAUGGAGAAUUAAAACGGUACCGCAAGGAAGCUCAGCGGUACCGCGGCACCGGUCAUCAGAAAAUAAAAAAAAAAAAGAGACCGUGCGUUUAAUGAAGGUUGGAGGAGGAGUUUUGAUUAUUUAAUUAUUAUUUCUAUUCCUUGUUGGAAGGGGAAAAUCGGUACCGCAUGGAGAUAAGCGGUAUCGCGGAGAGCUAAAGCGGUACCGCGGAUUUAAAAACGGUGCCGCGAGAGCCUGGUAAGCGGUACCGAUUAAUUAAAAAAUCAUAUCGGGCAAGUGACCAAAAUUCACCCGGCCCAGCGCCGACUGCGGCGGUUCCAUGGAUUAAUAUUUUUUGGCUAUAUCGGCGGUGUCGUUUAAUUCAAAACGGUACCGCGAGUAAGCUCAACGGUACCGCGGAUUAGCAAACGACAGUGUUUAAAUUAAAAACAAUGUCGCGAAGGGAAAGGCAAACGGAGCCGUUGUGGGCGAUAAUGAUGUCGUCGGUUUGACUAGUUAUUGGCCGGACUAAUUAACUAAUAUGGUUAAUUAUUUUUUAGGACAGUGUCGUUUAGUUGGAAACGAUGCCGCAAGAGGAAAGAAGCGACAUCGCGGAUUAUAAAACAAAACCGCGAGUAGGCCAAACGAUGCCGCAACAUGUAAAACGACAGUGUUAAAAUUAAAACAGUGUCGCGAAGCUCAAAAGUUCAACGACAUCGCGGGACAAGGAAACGAUGUCGUUUAACUAAGAACGACACCGAGGGGUGAAAGUUCGACGGCGAGUUAGCAAUGAGGGCUGGUUUAAUUAAUCAGUAUUUUAUGAGUACUUUAGACGGUGUCGUUUAAUGAAAAGUGAUGCCGCGGAAAAGUAAAACGACAUCGCGGUAGACUAACAAUGUCGUUGGUUAAACCGGGUCGGAGCAGUUGAGUUGGAUUAUGAAACGACAUCGGUUGGGGAAGGGCGAGGCCGUGGUAUUGGUGAAACGGCAUCGUUACCUGGACAAGGAUGUAGGUCGUUUUGCCAAGUUUCUUCAGGGCAAGAGCGGUUUCAAUGGCACGUGACCAUCACGCAACAAGGAGGAAGUUACCUGCACGGUUGACAAGAGUGAAGACGUGGGAGACAAAGGCGCGAAGGCAGUUGCUACGACGGGGAGAAGCGCGAAGUAUAAAGAUUGGGAAGAGAGAGAAGCUCGAGACGGCAAAAUCAAAUCACAACUGCACCGUCGCAGAAUUUAUCGUUUGCUCUCUAGUUUUCGUAGAACCGCUCUGUCAAAGACCUCCUUUGCAGAGUCGUAGUCAUAGCUUGUAGUCGUAGUCGCGGAGCUCUCCAGAGGAACCUCCAUAGGAGUAGAGGUAACAUAACUCAGAAUACUCUCGGUUUGGUUUCUCGUUUCUCGUUGAACACCCUCGUUCGAACGUAGUUUGGAGAGGUGGUGAACCGAGUAACGGUUGUUUGAUUAGAGGUCAAAAGUGCAUCGAUCAAAUCAACGACGCCGAUACCGGCGGCGGAUAUUUGACGAUCGUCCUGAUUUCUAUUUUAAUCGAUCAAAUCAACGGCGCCGACUGCGGCGGCGGAUAUUUGACGAUUUUGCUGAUUUUGUGUUUAUGCUUACUUGAAAACAGCGCGCAUUGAACACGCGAGUUUCGCCAACGAAACAGACGAAUAUUUAAUUUAGGCUAUGAUUCACUUAUUCUUUUUUCUUGUGUCUAAUUUCAAAAGAAUAAUAUAUUAUGAAUGCAUUCUCUUAUAACCUCUUUAGCUUAUUGAAAAAAACUAGACAUAUGUUAAAACAAAUUGCAUUCAUUAAAAUUCAAACAACAGUAUUUUGAUAUCACCUUAGUUUAUUUAUUUGAAAUUUUAAUUAGUUAUAUAAUAUUUUCGUAGUGUAAAAUAAUUAUUUUUUGUGUUGGGUUGGGUCUUUAUCUAAAAGUAUCGCUCACCUGAUCCAACCUAACUCAAUUAUAAAUAAAUCAUAGGAUUCUAAUUUUUGGAUGAGUUUGGAUUUAAUAUUUCCAAAUAGUAGUGUAUGGAUGGGGUGAUUAAAAUGGCUAAACACGGACCAACCGACUCAUGUACACCCUUAAUCAUGUCACAAUUCAGAACAUCAGUAAGCAUGAACAUGCUAACAAGGGGCUUGACUUUUGGAUCGGGAAAAACUCAUUUACUAUGAGUGAAACUUAAAUUAUGUAUUAUUCAGCUUGCAAGGUUCGCGAGCCACCUCAAAUAUAUGGCUUGUUGAGCUCCACAUGUGAGCUAGCUCGUCUUGAGUUAUGAGUUGUCUCAAUAUUGUGGCUAGCGAGCAACCUCAACUAGCUAGCAACUUAUGAGCAAAUUGAUUAAUAAUUUAUCAAGUUGCUUGUUAUAACUUCAUUAAUUUGUUAGAUUAUAUAUAUCAUGGCAUAUCAUGAAUAAGACUUUGGGCAUGUGAUCAAAUAUAUCUCAUUAAAAAUUUUAAAGUGACAUUUUAUAUCAUAGAUUGCUUAGAAUUACUAUCGAAUAACAUUAUACGAACAAUUAAAAUUUAUGAACUAAAUAAUAUGAUACCUGAGCUCGAGCCGUCUCAUAAGCUGAUUAAUGAGUCGAACUCAAGUAGAGCUCGUGAGCUCAUCAACGAUCCAAGAUUGAGUCGACCUUGAGUCAAACACGAGUCAAAGUUUUAGUAACUAAUCGACCUCGAGCUCAAUGAGUUUAUUAUUUAGCUGAGCCCAAGUUAAGUCAAAAGUCAACUCGUCUCGGCUCAUUUGUAAUCCUAGUGUUAAUGGAAGACCAAUGGAAGUGUCUAACUAAUCAUGGCCAGUAUCGGCUUUCUCAUCAAACAUGCCUAAUGGAAGGUGUGUGAUGGGAAAAAAAAAUUGACGAAGUGCCCUUUAUGAAUUUGAAGGCAGAAUUUACACUCUGUUCACGAAAGAGAGGAAAACUAGGGGAGUGGAAGGAGAAUUUGGAGGGAGUGAAAAUUUGAGGGUAGUGAAAUAAUGAAAGAAAAAUAGGUGUUCAAUUUUGAAGGAGAAAAAAAGGGCUCAAUAAGAGACAUUUUCACCUCAACUUGGGAGGCAAUUGAUACAUUAGUUUUCCCCCAUAAAUAGUCAUUCCCGUA